AACGUGGUUAGAGUAUACAUCGUUACCUGCCUGGUUAUAUAUUCAAUCCUCGUUACUGACAGGAUACGAAAGUUCCACGAGAAGAUGGUGACCAGACAACGGAAAAUUCUAUGUGACAAAGCCUGUGUUGCUAAUAAUCAGUGACGUUAAUUUUGCAGUGUGCUUCUCCCCCGAUUUGUUUAUAAACUGUGUGCAGGCAUUGUUUACGAGGUUGCAUAAUUUUACAAGGAUUGCAUUCAAAUGUUAGAACAAUCUUACGCUCUGCAACUAUCAGAUAAAAGCGAUACUUUUUAUGAAGUAUCACUUCUGCCCAAACAGAAAAUACCCUUAAGUCUGCGAGAGCAAGAGCAUUGGGAGAAGUCCCAAUGACCUAAGAUGACCGGUGGAAAAGAGACUACCCAAGGACCCUGAAGUGAUGCCCUUUGAAUCGCCGUAUCGAAAUCCCUAUCGAUGGCGCGCUGUCAUCUAUCAACAAGAUAACCGACACGGCACAGCUGGAUGCUUACUGUCGCUGAUUCUGCUAACGCCGCUGCUCGUGAGAACCUACGGUGUGGCAACUGUCCUGACGGGGAUCGUGAUUUAUAGCUGCGUGGUGGUUCCAGCAAUCACGAACUACUUUUCCUUCGCGAGAGUUCUUCUGAAAGCAGCAAAAGUCAUCUGCAAUGGCGGGUAUUCGUGCAGGUCAGCCCUGCAUACGGGUCUCCUCACAUGGAUGGGAAAUGCCUUGUCCUCACUUUGGUCAGGAUUCCUGGAGGUGGUGGAAUGGACGGCUAAAUGUCUCUUGAUGAUAAUCACUCUGCCCUUCACGUUAGUUUUCGGAUUGUUUCUCCCACUCAUUCACAACUUCUACUUGGCCUUUGAGGGCUUCAGAAUCACAAGCAAUCAGGUUGUAUUCUUCAUGUUGUGUGAAAGGCUGAUAACACCCAACGCCCGACUGGCAUCGCUCUAUUUCCUACUUUUUUACACAGUUUUGGCUUACUUGAGAAAGUCGCUGAGUACACGCCAGUGGUCGCAACUCGGAUCGACCCACUCGACCAGCAUGAACGACUUCCUGCGACUGACGACGUGGUACAUCGCUGUGCGACUGGGCAAGGGCAUCGCCAUGUCUUUCGUCCUGGUGAUGUUCACGAUGCAGUUCAAUCACAUAGAGCCAGACCUCACGUAUAUUGCCAUAACGUUUGUUUACUUUUCUCUCACACAACGAAGGUGGACAGGUGACGAGCGGAUAGUAGGCUGGACGAGGUCCUUAGCCCUGGAAGUGAUGGAGCAGGAGGAGGAAUUCUGGGUGCCCUUGUGCCUCCAGGCAUUCCCAGCUAUCGGAUCUGCCGUCGCCAUGGUGCUGUUGUGCCAAACGCACGUAGCUCUUUGCUCGGUGGCCUCCUACACCAAUAUCAUUGUGCCCUUCAUCCUCCUGAAGGAACAGGUGGAAUAUCAUCAUCUGCAGCACACAGACCUUCUGGUGAAGUUCCGUAGAGCUACGGCCAAGGAAAUAGAGGCUCAUUCUACGUGCCCAGUAUGCUUGGAGGACCUCCGCGUAGCGAGGGCAACGCCAUGUGGGCAUCUCUACCACGCAGUGUGCCUCAGAAAGUGCCUGGCAAUAUCCCCACUGUGCCCAAUGUGUAAACAGACUAUUAAGUGAUGCUUUCUAGAAAUUUCCUCACGAAGACAGUUCAAUUCGUAAGCAACGAGAAACAAAGUUGCGAGUUGAAAUAUAACUACGAGCGUUAUUUCUAUUUACAAUAUUAGGUGUAAGUUACACGAUGUUUAUUCGAGAGUUCUGUUACCUGUCCUCGCCAGUCGUCAACAGAUUGUAAACAACACAUAUAUCUAUUAUAAAAUAAUGGUGCUAAUCCGACAAUUUUUUUUACUCCGAGCUUAUGUUUACAAAGGAAAUAUAUUUCCCCAUUCAUGUCAUUAAACUUAUCCUACAUGGCUCUCAGUUCAAAAGCUUCACAAUAUGUUAUUUUCAUAAGAAAAAAAAAAAAAAACAUAGUAUAUGUUAUUAACACCAACUCAUUGAAUAUUUUUUUAAGGAAUAACCAAUAGAUUGGAAAUGUAAUCAGUGAUACAGCUAAUUUUCAUUAUGGGUUUCAUCAACAAUUCUUUACUUCUGCAACAACAUAAGAUUGUCUAUAUUUACAUAAUACAGGAACCACAAGUUUGGGCGGAUCUGUAGCUUGCUCUUCUCGUGACAAAGCCAUUCGAGGGUUCUCACUGUUCAGGUAACUCUUCUGACAGCAAUGCUGGUUAUUAACUAUCACGUGCUACCCCCUAUCCCAUUGACCUCUGUAUUCAAGCAUUUAUUUAAAUCAAAACAAACACUAAUUUUUACACCGUUUUAUGUUGAGAGAGAGAGAGAGAGAGAGAGAGAGAGAGAGAGAGAGAGAGAGAGAGAGAGAGAGAGAGAGAGAGAGAGAGAGAGGCUGGUUUCAUACCAUCAGUUUUUUCAAGGAAUAAUUUUGUUUUUUAUUUUGCUCCAAUAUUUCGUCCAAGUUUUAAAAAACACUUGGCUAAUCAUAUCUCACAGACUCACUCACAUACAUGGAUCGAAAUAUUGCCUUAUGAAAUCGUACAGAACUGGAUUCCUGCUUCAAAAGGUAUCCAUUUUGAAACAUUUCAAUACUAAACGAAUACAUAUAUGAAGGUGAAGUGAUUUAUACAUAGCCCAGACAUUGCUGAGGCGUGUUUCGUCUGAAAUACAUUUCCGCAAUAUAUUCUAUUCUUUCGUUCCAGCCAUUGCCUUUUCACGAGAAGCCUUCCGAGAGAGCGUGUCAGGUUAAAGUUUAAGGGUCGAGGACGAGUCAGAAUCACAGUAUUAUACUUAGAAAUGUAUGGACUCUGCACAAGGCUGUGACACUGUGCUAAUAAAUAUACUUAUAAUAUAUAUACUUAGCCCGUGCGUAUAUAAUAUAUGCUACUAUAAGUUUAAUACAUUUAUAACUUGUAUCUCCGUCAAAUUGUUUGUACUUCUGUUGUGGUGAUAUGGAAAACAGUAAAAUGAUUGAAAAAA